AUGACAACCCAAUUUCCUGUUCGCAUUGACGGAGAUAGGACCGAAACGAAAUUCAAAUUGGUUCUCGAGACACCCAAAUGGGUUCCCGAAGAAAUAAAGUAUCUUUCACGGACCUUGACAAUUGACAUGUUCUUUCGUAUCACUGCUUCUGCAGGGCCAGCUUGUAAGCUUGAGAGUAGAGUUGAUAUCAGAGGUGACCAGGGUCACAGGAGCAUGUUUGUCAAAGGCAGAGGAGAGUCCUCCUCCAUCAAGAUCCCGUUGGAAUUCCCCAUGCUUCCCCAUGGAAGCCAGAAGUCAAAGACCGAUGACGAGCUAUCCGAGAAGUUGGAACAUUUAAGUGACUCCAUUUUCACUGCACCGAGAUACAUGAGUGGGUUUGCAGGGGUGUUAGUGCAGGAGACCCUCCUAACGCGCUCCUUCUCAUUGGAUCUCAACUCGGAUAUAUUCAAGCCAUGUUUAACCAGUCGCUCGGAGGUCCUCGUCACAAAGUGGGAGGGCCCGCGCACCAGUCUUAAAGAAAUCCUGGGGAGAGUCGAGAAACUACUGGCAGUAUCUCACCCAAGAAUAGGGUACGGAUACAUGAGGCACAGAAAUAGAGCUCUUGACAUAUGA